AUGCUGAAUGCGAUCGCGCAAUGCUCGCUCCUCGACGAUGUCACGAUGGAAGACCCUACAACACUGUCCUUGGAACGCUUCAUUGCGGAUCUCACAGGCAAGGAAGACGCGCUGCUUGUGUUGUCGGGCACCAUGGGCAACCAGGUCGCGCUUCGAUCACACCUUACCGCACCGCCGCAAGCGGUACUGUGCGAUCGGAGGUGCCACGUCAUACAAUAUGAGGCUGGAGGUGUAGCAAGCUUGAGUCAGGCCCUGGUCCAGCCCAUUGAUGCAAAGAACAAAAAGUACAUCACGCUUGAAGAGGUUCAGCGCCACGCGGUUAUUUCAGACGACGUCCACGCGUGCCCUACACGCGUCAUCUCACUCGAGAAUACCCUGAAUGGCACGAUCAUGCCGCUCGACGAGGUCCGUCGCAUAUCUGCGUUUGCGCGCGAGAACGACAUCAUAAUGCACUUGGAUGGUGCACGGCUAUGGGAGGCUGUCGCGGCCGGCGCAGGAACACUCAAGGAGUUUUGCGCUGAGUUCGACAGCGCGAGUCUUUGCUUUAGCAAAGGUCUCGGUUCACCAAUUGGCAGCAUCAUCGUUGGCACCAAAGCAUUCAUCAAGCGCUCGCGCUGGAUCCGCAAGUCCAUCGGAGGUGGUCUGCGUCAAGCUGGUGUGGUAGCAGCACCCGCCCGUGUCGCUGUGGAGGAGACCUUCCUCGGUGGUAAGCUUACCAAAUCGCACGAGAACGCCAAGACGAUCGAGCAGCUGUGGACAGAUCUGGGCGGUAAGAUUUCAUAUCCUGUCGAUACAAACAUGGUCUGGCUCGAUCUCGAAGGCAGUGGCAUAGAGUUGAACCGCUUCAUCGAAUUGGGUGAACAGUACGGCGUCGUCGUAAGGGCUGGCAGACUUGUAGUGCACUACCAAAUCGGAGAAGAUGCCAUCCGACGAUUGGGCCAACUUUUCGCCGACGCGCUCAAUGGCGAAGCAGGUGAUCUGAAGACAGGCAAGGUCAAGCAUGACCCUGAAAAGCUGAAGUUAAAGGGUAAAGGUGUUGAGUAA